CAGACUGGGUACUUUUUACAACAACAACCACAACGACCACAGCAACCACAACCACAACGACCACAACAACCACAGCCACAUCAACCUCGAUUAACUUCAGAACCAUGAAAUCAACCUCUUUAAUUGAAUAAAAACUAACAAACGCCCAUUGGCCAUCCUAAGAAUGUCUAUUUAACAAGUUCACAAGCAGCAUUAGUCGAGACAUCAACAAAAACGUCAGCCACAAGAGCCACACGCCUCCAACGAGAGCCACACCACACCACAACUACUAACAACCGCUUCUACUACUAAAUGAACAAAUUAAAAAAAACAUUCAGUCUUCGUAAAAAGAGAGGUAACAGUGAUGAGGAAGAGGACAAGGAGAAUGAAGAUGAUUGGCAAGAGGACGAGCUGAGAGUUAGAAAUGGCACUUGCCAAUUUCUACUACAAUACCUCGGUUGCACUGAAGUAAACGACUCCAAAGGCAUCCAAGUCUGCGAAGAGGCUAUGAAGAAGUUGAUGCAACAAUGUCAAGGUCAAGCUCCUAAAAUGGUCAUCUUGCAGGUCAAGGGGGAAUUUUUGAAGGGCAUCGAUGAGGCUACAUCCGAAAUAAUUAUAGACCAGCCGGUGGAGAAGGUUGCUUUCUGUUCGCCUGACCGCAACACUGAAAAGGGAUUCGCCUACAUCAGUCGAGACAGCCUGGCCAAGAAAUGGAUGUGCCAUGGUUUUCUGACCAUCAAAGACGUGGGUGAAAGAGUAAGUUACGCGGUUGGCUACGCAUUCAACGUGUGCAUGGAGCUGAGGCUGGCGAAGGAGAAGCAGAUCGAAAUGGCCACUGGAGAAUUUAAGAGGUCGCCGUCCUUCAAGUUUGCCUCGAUGACCGACAGGAAGUGCGAUCCGCAAGUGGCUCGAGUCGCCGAACCAAUUCCCAGCAGUAAAAGGAGUGACGUCACGAGUUUGACCUCCAUCAAAAGACCUCGUGGACCUCCUGACCUUUUGAAGAGGCAGAGUUCAUUUGUUACUACUUCUGAUAACCCGCACGAAGGAACAUUCAAACGACAGUUAUCGUUGAAGGUCGAAGAGUUGUCCAUAGUGUUGGACCAGCUGAACGCCCGCGACCCAAAAAUUGUAAGGAAUAAAAUGAAGAGAGACCAACAUCUGAUCGACGACGACGCCUUCCUAGACGCUAACAACAACAAAAUCAACAACAACAACGACGACGAUGACGAGAGCAUGAAACCAGUUCACCAAGAAAAUCCAUGGUCGACAACAGCAACGUCAUCAACAACAAACAAGACCAUCGAUCCAGAUGAUUGGCUGAAGCAGGUGGCUAAAAAGGCGGCAACUCUUGCCAGCCAAUCAGAGACGAGAACCCAUCGAGGCCACGCG